GGCACUUUCUCGAGUCUUUACUUCAGCUAUAUACAUACCGCUCAAUGUUGUGCUGUUCAUAAUGUCGGAACCAUCUUCAACACCAGUCCCGGCGGUAUCAACCGCCAAGCCCAGCAAUACACCUCGCAAACCUCCCUCUACGCCCGUACACACCCUCGUCCUCGAUGCUGGUCCUAUUCUCUCUCUCACCCCGCUCAGGGGGAUGGCGGAACGUUUCGUCGCCCCUCCGCAAGUCAUCGCCGAGUUGAGGGAUGAGAAAGCCCGACAGUACUGGGACAGGAUUCAGGCGGGUCUCAUCGAGGGUGUCGAGAUCGAGGUCAAGGCGCCUGAUGCCAUCAGCUUGAGCAAAGUCAUUGCAUUCGCACAAAAGACCGGAGACUAUGCAGUCCUGUCGAAACCGGAUUUGGCCGUGCUCGCCUUGACGUACGCCAUGGACGCCGAAAAGAAGUCCUCACCCGCAUCAACCUCGUCACCUUCGCGUCCGUCUAUGCCAACUACGUUAAACCCGGAACAAUCAAAAGAUAGUACCGAAGAGUCGCAGCCGGCCGGUUCGUCGACUUCUACGAUUGCUGCUGGCCCAUCGACGGCCCCCAAAGCGAGUCCUUGGGGUGCGGUCAAGAAGCCAGUCGUGGUCGAGCAGUCGGAGCAGGUGGGCAAUGAGGAUGAUGAAGACGCAGACGAGGAGGAGGAGGAGGACGCCUUCCCGGCUCUGCCGACCGGAACCUCUGAGCGUCAAGAGGGAGACGACGAGGCGGACAGGAAAGCCGUCGAAGCUCAUCUGGCCGAGAUGAACAUCACCCCUGCCAUACGGUCGGGAGAUGGUUCCGCACCUCCUGUACAGACGGAACGGGAGAAACGUAUCGAAGAGCUUCGUCGGGAGAUGCAGGAGGAGGAAGCUAGGAAGCAGCAGUUCCAGCAGGUAUAUGCCGAGGAUGACGACGAGGACGCCGGUGAGGAUGGAUGGGACGAGGGCGGGGCAGGAGAAUGGAUCACCCCGGAGAACGUUACCAAGCACAAGGCCGAGGAUCUAGGGUUAUUACCUACCACACGCACCGAGGCAGGUCGGUCGGCCGGAUCGGGUUCGGCAGUGACCGAGGGGACGACGGGGACCUUGCCCGAGGUGAAGAAGAAGAAGAAGCGGGCGCCCAGGAAACCUCAGGCCCAGGUCGGAGUGGCUUGUUUCACCGGAGACUACGCUGUGCAGAACGUUCUCGUUCAGAUGGGGCUCGGGCUAGUAGGGGAAGGUGGGAAACGGAUCAAGAGCGUCAAGAGCUGGGUGUUGAGAUGUCACGCUUGUUUCAAGCUCUGUAAGGAUCCUUCGAAAAAGUUUUGCCCUUCAUGUGGUGGCCCAACUCUGAUCCGAGCAAGCAUAACCACCCACGCCCCUACACCCUCUGAACCUAACCCUCGGGUCGAAGUGCACUUGAAACAAAACUUCCAAUACCGUACGCGUGGGACCGUCUACUCGAUCCCUUCCCCGAAAAUGGGGUCCUCGAAAUCGGCGUCCAACGGUAAUACAUUGAUCUUACGGGAAGAUCAGAAAGAGUUCCAAAGGGGCGUGAAGAGGGAGGAAGGGCGGAGGUGGAAAGAGGACAAGGAGCUCGAGAGGGCCGUCAAGGCGCAGAUGGAGGGCAAGGGGGCGGGCUUGGGGAGUUGGAACGAUCCGGAUUGGCUACCGGAGAUCUUGACGACGGGCUCGUCAGGUAAAGGCCGUCGAACGGGGGGAGAAGGGUUACCGACGGUCGGGUAUGGCAGGAAGAACCCGAACGAGGCGAGGAGGAGGAAGAAGUAGGGCUGUAGCGGUAGUAUAUGGGCGCAGUCUCCGGCCAGAGGAGGCUAUGUUGCGAAUGUGUCAUGCGAUACGAUACUUUGGUUCACGGAGAUAUGGUCAAGAUAUGGGCAUGAGUGUCGAGGUGGUCAUGACCUCGCUUCAUUUCGCAAGUCUCACUGCUUUCAGAAGGAUUGGCGAGCGGUGCAUCUCAUGGUUCCUGAUCCAGGUAGAGGCUGGUUAGGCCACAUCGUUUCGUAAGAACAUUUUGAUAUCGUGACCCGUUCAGCCUGUCAAUGCUCUGAAAAGUCGAUUGACAUGCAUACAUGCAC